AUGUCUUCGCCGGCACCUAAAUCACCGGAACAAUCCGAUAAAAACAAGAAAUAUGAUCGGCAAAUAAGAUUGUGGGGAGAACAUGGCCAGACCGUGUUAGAGGGCGCCAAAAUUUGUUUGGUCAAUGCCAAUGGUAUUGGAUGUGAAAUUCUCAAGAGUUUGGUAUUACCAGGCAUUGGUGUCUUUACAAUUGUUGAUGGCUCAGUGGUAACGGAAGAGGAUUUGGGUGUCAAUUUCUUUUUAGACUCCAGCAGUUUGGGUCAAUCCAAGGCCGCUGCCUGUAUGAUGUUGCUACAAGAACUUAAUUCCGAUGUCAAUGGCGAUUGUGUUGAGGAAAGUGUUGAUUAUCUGCUCACCAAUCGUCCAUCAUUUUUCGAUGAUUUUGAUGUUGUGGUGGCAUCAAAUUUAAACGAGGAAUCCCUACUACGUCUUUCCAAUUGUUUGUGGGAGGCAAAUGUUCCACUGUUGUAUUGUCGUUCGUUGGGCUUCUUUGGUACAAUACGUCUGCAAAUUAAGGAACAUUGUGUCAUCGAAACACAUCCGGAUAAUCCACAAUUUGAUUUGCGUUUGGAACAACCGUUUCAAACAUUGCAGAAACAUUUUGAGACCACCCAAAUAACAAAUAAAGUGCCUUGGCUUUUAGUACUUAAUAAAUAUUUGCAACAGUGGCGACAGGAAAAUAAUGGCAAACUACCAUCGAACUACAGGGAGAAGUUGCAACUGAAGGAAAUGAUAAGAAAAGGCAUUACAAAUGACGAAGAAAACUUCGAGGAAGCCAUGAAGGCUGUAAAUACCGCAUUUGGAGGAGGUCAUGUAAACAGUUCCGUAAAGGCCAUAUUUGAAGAUAAUGCCUGCAAUAAUCUUAAUAAACAGAGCAAACCAUUUUGGAUUAUGGCCAAAGCACUGAAAGACUUCGUUGAACAAGAUAACAAUGGUAUGCUACCACUGCCUGGCAUUUUACCCGAUAUGACUGCCGAUACGGAAUCUUAUAUCAAUCUACAAAAUAUUUAUCGUCAUCAAGCGUUGCAAGAUGCCGACAAUGUCUAUCGUCGUGUACAGACCAUACUCAAAGAAUUGGGUCUGUCACCAGAUACGAUUGCGGAAAAAACUGUGCGGCUAUUUUGUAAAGAAUCGUCACAUUUAACUGUUAUACGUGGUUCCAAAAUUGCCGAUGAAUAUGAGCGUAAUAAUCGUUUUCUCAACGAAAUAGAUGUUGAACUUCAGGGAACACUAAUCGAACAUUAUAUAGCGUUGAGGGCAUAUGAACGUUUCCUCAACGAAUGUGGUAAUAUACCCGGUGAUUGUUAUGUAGAAAAUGAUACGGCCCGUUUAAAAUCGGUGGCAUAUAAAAUGCUAGCCGAUUUGGGUGCAACACAGGCGACAUUAAGUGAUGAUAUGGUCCAUGAGAUAUGUCAUUAUGGCGGGGCUGAGGUCCACACCAUUUCGGCAUUUUUAGGUGGCAUUGCGGCUCAGGAAGCCAUUAAAAUUAUAACCAAACAAUUUAAACCUGUGGACAAUACUUUUAUUUAUAAUGGUAUCACUUCCGAAACAAUUACCUUGAAAUUAUAAAAACAAUAAAUAUUUAUAUGUGAAUUGUA